UCCGCUAAGCCCCCAGGACUCUGAUAAUCCACAUGACUCAAGACAACUCCAGAGCAUAUGCUCUUCUGUUUUUCCCUACAGGUGGAUAGAUCCCGAGGCCACAUGGCUCAGUAGAAGAUGAAGCCCAACCCAGCAGGCUCCUCCCCAGAGGCCUGCAAAGCUGCAGGACAGGGCCGGCAGAGCUGCCCUGUCUGUCAGGCCUGGGGUGGGGUCUCAGGCCUGGGGAAUGUGUCUGGACCUGGGCUGGGGUCUGGUGUAGUUCUAGAACCUGGAUCAAGGCCUGAUGCUGCUACAGAACAUGGCCCAGGGUCUGGAGCAGUGUUGGGCCCUGGGCAGGGGCCUAGUGAUGUUCUGGGACUCAGAAAAGGGUCUGGAGCAGUGUCAGGCUCCGGGCAGAGGCCUAGUGAUGUUCUGGGACCCAGACAAGGGUCUGGAGCAGUGUCAGGCCCUGGGCAGGGGCCUAGUGAUGUUCUGGGGCCCAGACAAGGGUCUGGAGUAGUGUUGGGCUCUGGGCAGGGGCCUAGUGCUGCUUCAGGAGCUGGGUUAAUACCUGAUUCAGGAGCUUCACCUUCCCCUGGCCCGGAGGUAGGGCCUGGACCCAGGCGGGGAUCAGGGGCUGGGCAGAGACCCAGUGAGCCAACGACAGUCCCAACACCGGGUCAACAGCAGAAGGCUCAGGCCACCCCUGUGCAGGCCUCAAGGCAGAAGAUUGUGGUCACCGGAGGAGCAGGCUACCUGGGCUUCAGCCUGGGUUCCAGCCUGGCCAAAAGCGGCACUUCUGUCAUCCUGCUCGACCUCCGCAGACCCCAGUGGGAGCUGUGCCCAGGAACCGAGUUCGUCCAGGCUGAUGUCCGAAAUGCAGAAGCCCUGCACCGUACCUUCGAAGGGGUGGACUGUGUUUUCCACGUGGCCUCCUACGGAAUGUCUGGGGCUGAGCAGCUGCAAAAAGAGCAGAUCGAGUCUAUAAACGUUGGAGGCACCAAACUAGUGAUCGAUGCUUGUGUCCGCCAGCGGGUUCCAAGGCUUGUCUACACCAGCACCGUCAAUGUCGCAUUCGGCGGGAAGCCUAUAGAGCAAGGCGAUGAGGACUCUGUGCCAUAUUUCCCACUGGAGAAGCAUACGGACCACUACUCCCGAACCAAAGCCAUCGCUGACCAGUUGAUCCUCAUGGCCAAUGGGAUGCCUCUCCCAGGAGGAGGCUCUCUGAGGACGUGUGUGCUCCGACCCCCAGGGAUCUACGGCCCGGAAGAGCAGAGGCACCUGCCCCGCGUGGCGAGCCACAUUAAGAAGAGGUUUUUCAUGUUCCGAUUUGGGGACCGACGGACGCGGAUGAACUGGGUCCAUGUCCGCAAUCUGGUGCAGGCCCACGUGCUGGCCGCCGAAGCCCUCACUGCCGCCAAGGGCCACGUGGCCAGCGGGCAGGCGUACUACAUCAAUGACGGGGACAGCGUCAACCUCUUCGAGUGGAUGGCUCCACUGUUUGAGAAGCUGGGGUACAGCCAGCCCUGGAUCCAGGUUCCUACUUCCUGGGUUUACCUGUCAGCCACGGUGAUGGAGUAUUUGCAUCUGGCCCUGAGGCCCAUCUGCAGCCUCCCCCCGCUGCUCACCCGGAGUGAGGUGCGCAGUGUGGCCGUGACGCACACCUUCCAGAUCGCCAAGGCCCGCGCCCAGCUUGGCUACGUGCCGGACAAGUUCAGCUUCGCGGAUGCAGUGGAGCGAUACGUGCAGUCAACAGCCGGGAGGACCCGCGGCUCCACCGCGCGGACGCUCCUGCGGCUGCUGCUCGGGCUCUUGCUGUUCCUUGGCCUGCUGGUCCUGGCCCUGCGCUUCCUAGGCCUGCAGCCGUCCGUCGUCUGACCGUCAUCGCCGGCCCAUCCCUGCUCCCGCCUCGCCUUCAGGACUCGGACCAGACCCUGCUCCGCCCUCCGGACUUGGGCGCACCCUGGAGUCCUGGACUUGUCCCUGCCACGCCCUCUGGGCUUGGGUCUGCCCGGGGCGCAAAUGGCAACCCACUCCAGUAUUCUUACCUGGAGAAUUCCAUGGACAGAGGAGUGGGUUACAGUCCAUGGAGUCGCAAGAGUCGGACGCGAUUUAGCUACUAACUCAUCAUCAUCUGGGCCCCAGCGUUCUGACCCCGCCCCUUCCCCGCCCCCGUAUUUAGACACGCCCCUGACCCGCCUCUUGAGUCAUGACCACGCCCCUGCUCCUCCCUUCGGGUCUUGAGCUCCCUCUGGCCUGGAGAGGAUGCCACAGGAAGGUCCUAGCUUCACAGCCUGCUCCGCCUUCCAGGCCUUCUCCCCGUCCCUACCCAGGUCUCACCCGCCCCAGGGUUCUCUCCUGCUCUAGUUCCGCCCUCUUCCUGGCUCUACCUGUAAGCUUGAGCCCGCCCCCUGGUUUCUCCCCAGGGAAUUAGCCUUGCUCAGCCCUUUGGGUAGGGGCUUCCUAGGUGGCGCUAGUGGUAAAGAACCCGCCUGCUAAUGCAGGAGACAUCAGACUGGGUUUAAUUCCCCGGUCGAGAAGAUCCCCUGGAGAAGGAAAUAGCAACCCACUCCAGCAUUCUUGCCUGAAGAAUCCCAUGGACAGAGGAGCCUGGCGGACUACAGUCCAGAGCGUAGCAAAAAGUCCAACACGACUGAGCAAGCGGGCACGCCCUAUCCCUCUGUGUCGGGUCCCUCCCCUCUUCUACUUGCGAUUGGGUCCUAGCCCCGCCCCCUUCCGUCUGGUUCCACCCUCUCCAGUCACAUCUCAGGCGAGUUCGUAGGGCCUGAGCGACUGAACUGAACUGAGCUGCAGCCGCUUGUGCAAGCUGGGCAGACGUUUGCAAGUUUUCGCUGUCUGUUGCUACCUCUCUAGGGACACAGACCCUCCUUGCUGCCCUAACUUCCCUGGGCUUGCCCUCAGAUUGGGAUCUUGGAGUAGACCCAUUCUAGGAGCACUGUGUUUGAUCCUCUGCUAGGCUUACGUUUUGGGUUCUCUCCCUCAUCAGACCUCCUGUGUGUUGAUAGCCAGGGUUGGAAGGAAACCUGAGACCCGGGCUUCUGCCUAGCCCUACUUGGCCUUUUUGGGUUUCCAGGGUAUAAGUCUGGGGAUGAUUCAGCUUAGUAAGCACAGGUUUUGGUACCAGAAGGGACAUCAAAAAAGAAAAAAAUAUAUUUUUUAGGGUGAUAAAAAGAUAAAACCUCCAGUUAAAAGUAAAUAAAUCCUGGGGGUGUAAUAUACAGCAUGGUUACUAUAGUUAAUAAUGCUAUAUUGUGUUUAUGAAUGUUGCUGACAGUAGAUCUUAAGUUUUUAUUACAAGAAAAAUUGUAACUGUGGUGAUGGAAGUUAACUAAACAUUGUGACCAUUUCACAAUAUAUACAUAUAGCAAAUAAUUAUAUUAUACACCAGAAACUAAUAUAAUGUUACAUGUCAAUUAAAUCUAAAAAAAAAAAAACACUUUUUAAAGAACUGAAUCUGUUUUAAGGCAGAAACCAAGGCAAUAUUGUAAAGCAAUUAUUCUCCAAUUAAAAAUAAAUAAAUAAAUUUAAAAAAAAUUUAAAAA